AAUUCACAUGCUAUACAACCUGAAUAUAGAACCUUCUUCUCCACUAAAAGUUAUAUAUAUAUUUUUUAAAGCAGUAAUCAUGCUGGUAAUACUAAUAUUUGCAAAUCUAAGAUUCGAGCUACAAAUCACUAUCAUUUGCCACUUAAUCCACUAUCCGUGGAUGAGAAACCAUUGCUCGAUUUGAAGUCUUUUCAUACAUUUCAAUAUGGUUCAAAAAGAAAAAAAAAGGAAAAAAAUUCCCGGAUUCUAGAUCAUUGGCAUUGGUUUGAGAAUUGUUUGGACUGGGCCUCUAGUCCAUCUAAAAAUACUGAAUACAUUUGGGCCGGAAAUCGUCAACUUGAGCCCAUAACAGAAUGGGCUUUCCUUCCUCGGUGUUCAGUUCACCGAAAAUGUGCAUAUCUCCCAUCUCUCUCCGAUCUUUAUUAAUCAGCAAGAGAUAAAACCGUAAACCUGAGCUCUGCAUACGGUCAAAAUGGCUUCCCCUCGGCUCUCUCUCCCCUGUCUACAUAAUUCCUCGGUCAAACGCCGUCCAGUUCGCUCUGUCGACGAUCGCCAGGCGCUCUUCAGCCGCAUUGCUCCUGUCUAUGAUAAUUUGAAUGAUUUGUUGAGCUUGGGUCAGCAUCGGAUAUGGAAGCGAAUGGCUGUCUCCUGGAGCGGAGCAAAAAAGGGAGACUCUGUGUUGGAUUUGUGUUGUGGAAGUGGGGAUUUAGCAUUUCUCCUGUCUGAGAAAGUUGGUACUAAUGGCAAGGUAACUGGGCUUGAUUUCUCAAAGGAACAGCUCUCAAUUGCUUCGUCAAGGCAAUACAUGCGCCUGAAGGCUUGCUACAAGAACAUUGAAUGGGUUGAAGGUGAUGCACUCGAUUUGCCAUUUUCUGAUUGUUACUUUGAUGCUAUUACCAUGGGUUAUGGACUAAGAAAUGUGUAUGAUAAACGUCAAGCCAUGCAUGAGAUUUUUCGAGUUCUGAAACCAGGUUCAAGAGCCUCCAUCCUUGACUUCAAUAAAAGCACACAACCAUAUACUACCUUAUUCCAGGAAUGGAUGAUUGAUAAUGUAGUUGUCCCAGUAGCAAUGGCUUAUGGCCUUGAAGAGGAGUAUGAGUAUUUGAAAAGCUCAAUCAGGGAAUUCUUGACAGGAGAGGAAUUGGAGAAACUUGCCUUAGAAGCAGGAUUUUCUAAUGCAAAGCAUUAUGAGAUUAGUGGAGGCCUCAUGGGAAACUUAGUUGCUAGGCGUUAAGUAGCAUUUAUUCUUUAUCUUCUCCAAGUCCAUUGUUCAAGCAAUCUGUAAUCUAUUUCUUCUAGGUGAGCAUUAUGUUGUUUACGAAUUUCCCAAACUAUUAUUCUGAAUGUAGAUUUGUAGGGCUUUGGAAUCAAUAAUUAAUGAAGUUAUUUCACGUAU